CUGAAGACGAUGCUGCGGCGACGCAUCCCAACGUGGUACCACAUGCUCACGCUAGUCCUGUGUGUCUCAUCCACCGAGGUCUUUGACUGGACAAAGAAUGAGAGAUCAGCUUUCUUCUACAGCACAUUUCCCUCUGAUUUCUCUUGGGGAGCUGGAAGCUCCGCUUACCAGACUGAAGGAGCGUGGAACGUAGACGGCAAAGGAAUGAGCAUCUGGGACGAAUUUUCUCACAGAAAGGGGGCAGUUUUCUUAAACGACACGGGAGACUCGUCAUGUGAGGGAUACUACAAAUUCAAGGAUGAUGUUGUCCUGAUGAAGGACAUGAAGUUGAAUCACUAUCGUUUCUCCAUCUCCUGGCCACGGAUUUUACCCAGUGGACUGAAAAGUGACCACAUCAAUGAAAAAGGAAUCAAAUACUAUGACAGCCUGAUUACCACGUUGUUGGACAGUAACAUCACGCCCAUUGUUACCUUGUACCACUGGGAUCUGCCUCAGGUGUUACAGGAGAAAUAUGGCGGGUGGCAGAAUGUCAGCAUGGUCAGCUACUCCAACGACUUUGCCAGUCUGUGCUUUGAGCGAUUUGGAAACAAAGUGAAGCACUGGAUCAUGUUCAACAAUCCAUGGACACAGUAUGGAAAUCCCACCAUCUACGUGACUGAAAACGGCGUGUCAGAGAAGACGGCCUGCACCGACCUCUGUGACGACUGGAGGAUGCAGUACUUCAAAGACUACAUCCAUGACCUCCUCAAAGCAAUAAAGGAUGGUGUGAAAGUCAAAGGAUACACGGCCUGGUCUCUGCUCGACAACUUUGAGUGGGAUGAAGGAUACUCAGAGAGGUUUGGACUUUACUAUGUGGACUUCAGGAACAAAAACAAACCGCGCUACCCAAAGGCAUCUGUCCAGUACUACAAACGCAUCAUCAGCUCUAAUGGCUUCCCCAAUCACAGAGAGGUGGAAAGCUGGACUAGAAAAGCCAGAGAGACUUGUUCUUCCAGCAACCAGCUCCUUGCUGCUAGUUAG